CCCCUUGAAUUCCUCUGCCCAAUCUCACUCCUCCUUUAGUUAUAAUAUUUUCAAUCUCAACCCCACAAAGAGAGAGAGAGAGAGAGAGAGAGAGAGAGAGAGAGUACUCUCAAAUAUAAUCUUGUUUCAUCACCUACUCUUUGUCUGUUUACACUUUGUUUUCCCCCUAACAAAAUUCCACUUCUCUGAGCCAAAAAAAAAAAAAAAGAAAACUCAGAGAGAGAUAGAGAUCCAAAAAGAAAAUAAUGCUGGGAAACUGUGAGAAAAUGGUUCUCAUUUCUUCGUCUCCUAAUCAAUGGCCUCAAAUGAUGAAGAAUAAUAAUCAUCCAACAAGUUUAGAUCAUGAUCAUCAAAAGGGUUUGAAUCUUAUAGGCUCGUCUUCUGGAAUAAUAAUGGACAACAACAAACAACAAGAUCAAAAGACUCAACAAAAACAACAACAUCAACAAGAACCACUUAGAUGUCCUCGUUGUGAUUCAUCAAACACCAAAUUUUGUUACUACAACAACUACAGCUUGUCUCAGCCUCGCCACUUUUGCAAGGCUUGUAAACGUUAUUGGACGCGUGGUGGCACCUUAAGGAACGUCCCUGUUGGUGGCGGUUGCCGGAAAAACAAGCGUCUCAAAAGACCUACUAUUUCCUCGACCACCACCACUGUCACUCAUUCGUCGUCCUCCCCGGCCCCGACUGCCCCGGAUUCGACUUCCUCGUCUUCGACUUCUUGUAACACUAACCCACUUCAUAAUAUCUUUUAUGGCUCCACUUCUGAUCUCAACCUUCCGUUUUCCGGGUACGAUCAUCAUCAUCACAAUCAUCUUCAGACUCAUUUAAAUGCUCUUGGGUUAGGGUUUUCUUCUCCUAAUAUUGAUCAUAGGGACUUCAAUCUUAAUGGGUUCAAUUCAAGUUCACUCCUUUCAGGUUAUUCUAGUUUAUUUGGUAAUAAUAACAAUAACCCAUCUUCUAAUUCAACCUCUAUUUCUUCAUUACUUGCUUCUAAGUUUGAUCCAAAUCUUUUUGGAAAUUUAGCUUCUUCUCAACCGUUUGAUGAUCAUGUGAUGGGAUCCAACGGUGGAGAUCAACUAGGGUUGAAUGUCAAAGAUGUGAAAUUGGAAGAUGGGAUGAAGAGGUUAAAUUGGGAAGAUGAUGGUCAUCAACAACAAAAUCAUCAGACAGAUAAUGAAAUUGUUGCUCAAUCUAAUGAUGAUCAUCACAAUUCUCUUUUUGCUAAUAAUUGGACCUCUCAAAAUUGGCAUCAUGAUCCACCAAAUCUUGCUUCUUCUAUCACUUCUUCCCUCAUCUAGGGAAAAAUAAAUCUAAUUUAAAGAGAAAAAAAAACCCCACUUUCAUCUCUUCAUUAGAUUUUAGAAUUUCUUCCUUUUUUUCUCUCUACUUUGAUGUGAAGUUGAAUGAGUCUCAUUUGGUUUUUCAAAAAAAAAAAAAAAAGAAAGAAAGAAAGAAAAAGAAAAAAAGGAGCAAACUUUGGGGAUCGGAGUGUUCAUGUCAGCAGCAAGAAGACGGAACUCAACUUGAAAAGUCAGUUAAUUUUUAAUUUUUCAUUUCCAUUUCCCAUCUGGGUUUUGCGCUGAGAGGAACCUCGGAUCCCUUUUAGCUCAACUGACAUAUACAAUAUCUGUAUUACGAAUCAAGCGAUCUACAGUUCGAAUCUUUUCAUUCCAAUCAUCUUCCAUGCAAGAGAUUCAGUUGAAGCUUAGCUCUUUUCCAACUUUCAGAUUUGGAGGGUAGAAGUUGUCAUUUUCUUUUCCUUUAACUUCCUCUUUUAUUUAAUUUCAGUAAGUUGGGUUUUUUUUUUUUUUUUGUUGCAUUGUAAAUAUAUGGGGGAAAAAAAAAAGAAAAAAAACACCUACUUGAUUUACACUAUUUUAGCUAAGUUUGUGGGGGGUUUUAGUGGGGGCUGGUAUAUGUUGCACUUCCUCAAUGAAAGAUUAGAUGAGGAGAGAACUUGACUUUUAAUUUUUUUUUUUUUUUUGGGUAAUUUUUCAACUUUGGUUUAUUUGGUGGGGCUGGGUAUAAUGGUGUCAUGGUAUAGAGAUUUGGGUAUUUGGAAAAACCUUUGUAUUAUUAAUCAGUUAAAUUCAGCUCAUCAUAUGCUUUGAUCUGAAA